GCGUGUCCCAAACGGUGGCGUUUCAUUCAUAAAUACUUUUAAGCUUUAAAAAGAACACAUUGAAGUGCUCACAGGAGUGUUUUGUGUUGCUGCCUUCGACCCCUUUGCCUCAUGUAUGGACCAGGCUGGUCGAGUAGACAUGCAGCGCUUUCGUCCCGUUGCUCCGAGGCCAGCGGGCCGGUCCUGAGGGGGAAGCACUGCUGCUCUGGCUCAGUCGGCUGAGGAUGCAGCAAGGGAGCUGAGGAAGAGAGUCCUGAGCUAUACAGCAUAACACACACCCACACACACACACACACACGCACACACACACACACACAUCCAGAACUGCUCCUGCUGCUGCUGCUGCUGCUGCUGCGCGCUGCCCUCCAUCAGGGGGGACUCUUUAGCUGGCUAGGACCAUGAGCAAUGAGUCUGCCGUCUGGAACAUCCUACCAGAAAACUCCACAGAGAUCCCACUUGAGCCUGAGGAGCAGCCGGAUGGCUAUGUGCUCCUCCUGGUGAUCCUCUCUGUCUUUCUGGUAGGAACGCUGGUCAGCAUCUCCGUCUUCCUCGUCGUUUGCCGCCGCUGCUGCCGAGGAGGGCGCUUCUGUGACAGGGCCAAUGAUGACCCAGAGAAAACUGCCCCUUAUAUGGAGGAGUCUCAGCCCACCCAUGAAAUCACUAUUGGGGUGGAUGAGUCAGACUGCCUGUCCAUGGCCAGCUCUCACAACCAAGAGACAGAGCGCUUCCUGUCCACCGGCCCCACAGGCCGCCGUGUCUCCUUCAAUGAAGCUGCUCUCUUUGAUCAUGGCAAGAAACCCCAGGAGAAGGGCCGCAGGUACACUCUGACCGAAGGCGACUUCCACCACCUGAAGAACGCGCGGCUUACAAACCUCAACAUCCCCUCGCCGGCACUCAAAAUUGUCACCAUUCACGAGUGUGACUCGGCUGAAAACACCAUCACAUCGAUGACCCGCCCCGUGGCUAAAUCAGCUCUUUCCAUAUUCCAGCCAAUGCUUUGCCCCCUGCCACAAACACCGCUGAUCAAUUUAAGUGUGAAUCCCAGCUGUGCCCUCCCCGGGGAUGCUCUCAAUUCUGUGGUUGACAGCUUUUGUGAGAUCUCUGCAGCUCUCGGCUCAACGAAGCCGACCUUCAGCUCUAUUGAGAUGAUGCGAGCGAGGCCCCGGGACAGGGGCAGCAAUGUCAGCGUAGGAGAGGCAGCGCCGAUGAUGGAAAACAAUGGUGCGGGCCCCACCGGUGGCAUUGCGGGAAGUCCGAGGCCCGUCUUGCAGUUUCUCACCAAACUUCGGCGCCAUGCUAGUCUGGAGGGGGCCAGCCCCUACUUCAAAAUAAAAAAGUGGAAGCUGGACAGCAGCCAGAGAGCAUCCAGCCUGGACACAAGAGGCUCUCCCAAGCGGAGGCAGUUCCAACGCCAGCGAGCCGCCAGCGAGAGCAUGGACCAGGAGGACAAUGAUACUCACCACAUAGACCUCAUCCAGUACAUUGCCCGCACCCAGGAUGUCCCCUACUAUCAGAGCCAGCCCACCACACGCCUCCUGUCACCCCCAUCCACACCACCCCCUUCCCUCGGCAGGGUAGAGGUAGAGGUGGUGGUGGAGCCCAGCUGCAGCCAUGGCGGACCAGGGGUGAUUGGCUUGUCCCCUGAUCCCCAAGAAGAGACCCUUUCUGUGGUGAGGACGGAAGGCGGCUACUCCUCAGACUCCUUCCAACCCCAGGAUUCACAGUCACUUUACCGAGACAUCUGGACACUACGUGCAUCACUAGAACAGUACGCUGCCUCUGACCAGAGCAGCAACAACGACAGGAACUCGGUUUGCAGCGAUGCUGACAGUGUUUGUUCGCUGAGUGUACGAACAGAUGCUGAAAGAGGAGGGCUUCCCAGUUACCCGUCCCAGGACCUAGGUGAUGAGGCAGAGGGUGGAGAGGGAGACAAGGACUUCUUUGCAUAUGCAGAUGAGAAGUUGGGUGUGCAAGAGUCAAUAAAGAGAAAACAUGGUAGCACAGAAUCAGAGCGUGGGGGUAGUGAUGGAGAGUCAGGGACUCGUAAACUGUUACAGAUGGACAGCGGGUAUGCGUCAAUAGAGGCUCCAUCGCGAGGUCCAGAGGACCUGAGGCUAUUUAGCAGCAGCAGCAUCACUGACAGCCCUAAAGACAGAACUGCCAACGAGAAAAGGCAUCAUUUCACCAAUGCGGGGCGAACAGGCACUAUCGGUGAGAGUUUUGAGUCUUAUCUCUUCGAAGAGGAACCUGAACAUGAGUUGCUGCUGGGUGCCAGUGGAGGAGUUCCCAUGGAAAUAGGUGCUAGUACUUCAAGCUGGCUGCCAUAUGGUCAGAUGCUCAACCCUCGAGAGGGUGUGCAACCUCCAGCUCAACUAAUAACCCUUCAUCGGCGCGACUACAGCAUAGAUGAGAAAACAGAUGCGCUCUUCCAUGAGUUCCUCCGCCACGAUCCUCAGUUUGACCUGGAGGAGUCGCCAAGAAAACACCGAUCCCGUGUUCACCUUCGUAAGCAGUGGCAACGCCACAAACAGUGGAGUGACCCCGGAGUAAGACACUUCCAGUCCUCCUUUGAAAGACACCGUAUCCCACUGCGGAGGGGAGAAAGUGUAAACUACCCCUUGGACACAAGCUACCACAGUACACUGCCCCGCAUCGUCAGCGCACCUGACGAGGAGACCAGCGAUGGAACUGGCAGCACUCCUGACACCCCAAAGGUUGAGCCAACGUCUACCGAGUCUGAAUUGAGGAUCAAGAAACCUACGGUCACAGAUUCAGAGGAACGCACAUCUUCCUCUCUUCCACCAGUUCAGCCCUCAUUAUUUGAAAAAGAUGGAGGGCUGGUUGAGCAACUUGACACUCAGGAGGAUAGCAAACCAUGCGGGCACCUUCCUGAACCCCCAGACGAGCGUUCACCUCCUCACCCACCUAACUCCUCGGGUUACGGCCCUCAAACUAUCACAGCAGAAAUCACGGACAAGCUGACUUCUAACCUGGAUGAGAGGCUGUACACGUCCCUUCGCCGGACCAAGGACACACCCACCGAGUGUGUAACCGUAACAGUCGCACAUGCCUCCCCCGACCACAGCCCAGUGUAGCAGGGCUCCAGUCAUCGACAUUGCCAGCCUCACUUUUCCUCAUACACAAUUUGUAUUGGUUUUAGUUUGUGUUCUUCUUUUUGCAUGGCUUGAGUGGUGAAAUCUAGAGCCAUAAAUAAACUAUACAAAUUACAUGUUGAACCAGUCCACAAAUUAAGCCUAUAGACAAAGAGAUCUUAAAGAAAUUUACUCAAUGUAAGGAUUUUGAAUGUAUUUCAUGUUCACAUUUUGCAGUUUCCAAAUGAACACAAUUGAGUAAGGAAAACAAUAGAUAAGCAGAGAAACAUGUCAAAACAUCAUACCUGCUUUACUGAUAACUGUAUCCUUUUUGGCCUUUUCUAUGUCUGGAUUCAGUUUGUGUUGCCAAUUAUGUCUUUCCAGUUAGAAUACCUGAAGCUGAACGCACGCUCAGCCUCUGCUCAAUAAUCCACUGUGAAACCAGGUGCUAUUAGACAAGUGAAAAGCUCUUGAACAACAAUUAGCUGCCAGUCAUAAUUAGCUAAAGUAAAUGAAGGAUUACAUUUUUUAUUAAUUUGUCAAGACCAUGUCAGACAAAUUAAUCUUCAUGCUGGUAGAUUCUAUGUCACUUUAAACCUUGCAAGAAAAGGUUCAAACUGGUUGUUUAAAUCAACAAGGUUACAACCUUCUCUGAGACAAGGCAAAUUUCUUGUAAAAUGUAUCUUUUGAAGGGAACCUAUUUAUAUUUCUCUUUGCUGAGUCCAUUCCUCAACUUUGUUGCUGAUUCUUGUUUGCUUUUUUCUUUACUUAAUGGGUACUUCUAUGUUUUAGAACACCUGGAUAGCUUAAAGAACAAUUUAGAAGCUGUGCGACGUGUAUCUGUAAGAACUCAAUAAGCUCUUAGCACUUGGCGCAGCACUUGUCUCUGUCUUGGCAGGAAAAAUAGACCUUUUUGUUCACAGGUUUACAGCUAUCUUUUAGGCAGUUACAUAAAAGCUACUGAACAUGAUGGGUAUUUAUUGUGAGAAAUCUUUCAAAACCACGCUAAGCUCUCAAAACAUGCUCUACCUUUCUGCAUACACUGACCAUAACGUUGUGACCUCUGGCAGGUGGUGUGAAAGGAAAAACUUCAAAGUGUGGGAUUAAGGCACUUUUUCACCAUCUCUUUGUGUUUUGCGAAGCUAGCCAAUCGUGGGCUCUCCCUUGGCUCACCAAGCGAGGUAGGCAGAGCCCAGUGUUAGAUGACUUCUGAAAGAAUAAACGACUUUGUCUCUCCAGAAUAUGAAGAAGUAAUUAAAGCUGUGCUGAAAAACCACACUGAGUCCACCUUUAUGAAGUUUGACAGUUCUGAUUUUUAGCCAUAUGCACACAGGACAAGCUGCUCUGAAGUGUGGCUAAAGAUAUAAAAAGAAAAUGACUGGACUUCAACUAAGUGCAGUGUUUUCAGGAACAGGUGCUGUGAGAAAUAGAAAACACAUCACAGAUGUGAUUUAAAAAAAAAAAAAUUAUGUAUCGUGGUUGAUGACCACUCAAACCUUUAGUUGUUCCAUAAUUCUAAUGUGAGUUUUGAAAGCUCUCACAUGCAUGGGCCAUUGAAUGACUAGUGGAAUCCCAGAGAGAGCUUGGUCAAUGUGGGUUUAUGAUGGAGCUUUUUGCAAGGGAGGCUUCUGAUUAUAUCUUCAUCAUGACAUAUGUUACUGUAUGGAAAACAGGCAGUAAGUGAAGAGUUUGUCCUAACAAUUGACGGGUUGGAAGGAGUUUGAUCAGGGAGAAACUGGUGUGUUUUGAGAAAGGGGUCAUAGUAUUUCCACAACUUCAGCUUUUGUUCAGUAAGCAUCAGUAUCUGUCAAACGUGGUCCAAGGAGGUGAAUUGGCAACGGGGAAGUAGCUCAUUUAUGCACAUUGGAGUGAAGGCCAGACUGUAUGAGCCAAACCAACAAACCUACCAAGGUAGACCAUGUACAACUUUUCAAAGAAUUUAACAACAGGAAGUUUUACGCUUAAUUUGGCCUCAAAAUUUCCUAGAUUCCUGUCCAGUUUGCUGAACAAGCAAGUCAGAUUCCAGUAGCUCACACCAAAAGCAUCUGGAGCAAAAGACUUAGGGACGUUGUGGAGUUGGUGGCUCUGUGGGUAAUGUAUAUUUUAUCUGGAAAAAACGGGAACCAAUACAUUAUAAAGCAGGUCGUCAUUUUAAACUUGAUCUGUACAUGCAGCUGUCCUUAUUGGGUUUUCUUUGUCUUCUGCUAAAAAAAAAAAAAAAAAGAAAAAAAAAAAACCUCUUUCAAAUUUAACUGAACAGAAAUCAAAUCGAUUUACUCCUUGUGUGCGAUUCCAGGAAACAGAAGCUGCCAUUCAAGUAAAAUAAGAACAUUUGAUUAUUUAUUAGCAGUAAAGCGAGGACGCACUACAGUACGCUAUUAAUCUUGAGCACCUUUGUCAGCUUGAUCAUAAACUGGUUAUGCUCAUAAAGUUUUCCUCAGAUGGGCUGUAGAAAUCCCUGCCUUUGUAAUGUGGAGCAAGGGGAUCAUUGCAGACGAUGGGGAUAAUUAUUAAUAAUAAGAGGAGGAGGGAAGUCCUCCUUGCAUCCCCUAACUCUAUCAUCUCAUCCUCUGAGGCUGUUGCCCCACAGUAAAGGCAAAGGGCUCUUUCUCUGUUUAUUUGGGUGGAUGAUGAUGAUGAUGAUGAUGAUAAUACCUCUCUCCUGUCUGCCCAGAUUAUAUCUUCUCCUUCUGCAUGAAAAUCUUUUAUUGCAAAGUGGACAAGAGCUGAAUUCCUUCCCAGACUCAGAUGAAAGGAGGUGAAUACAAAUGAGAGAGACCGGAGAGCCUUAUGAUUGCUGCUCUUUCCUUUCAUUAGCGCCACAUGCAUAUUGAACCAUUAUGGCCCAAAUAUUUGAUGUCAUCAGCAAGAGGGUAAUACGAUAUGCCAGUAGGAUAAAAGGUUUCCUGUGAAACGGAAGGACAACUGCUUUCCCUACACAUCGAAAGCCUGAAACAUCCGAGACAACAACAGCUUAGAAACCACAGAGAAAAUGGCCAAAUUUAUUAAGUGAAACAGUGCAGAUGUAAAAUAAAAUAUAUAUGUAAUACAGUUUGCUGUGCAUUCCAGCACAAUAUUGCAAGAGCUAGACUAAAUCAAUGUUCUUCAUUAGAUUUAGGCUGGUACUGUAUAAGUGAAGUAAACGGUGUUUGUAUACAAUCAGUAGCCUGUCAAAUGCAUUGGUGCCAUAGCCACACGUAGGACUGCAUGAGAGUUCACAUUUAAAAGCAGAAUCUUUAUCCUUUCUCAGGCCUAAAGUAAAAGAAAAUAAUCAAGUCCAUAAUGUAUGAUUAUUUGUUAAAGGCAGAGAUGUUUUGUAUGUUACAGAAUUCACUGUUAGAGUCAGACUCAAACGGUGUAACCCAUUAGAUUUUGUGCAAUUUCUUUCUUAAAAAAAAAAAGUAAAUCUGUAUUAUUUGCUUGUUUGUGAACUUCAUUUCUUUUGGGGAAGAAAUGUGAUGAGCUUUCAUAGCAGCUUAGCUACUGUUGAGUCAAACCUAUUUAACGUUAAGGGACCAAAUUGUUUGAAAAAAAAACAACAAAAAAAAGUGUUAUUUUAGACUUGUUUUACAAUCUGUCAAUAAAUGAAUGAAGCGAAGCUG